GACCUCGCCGGUUUCCUCCCUAGAGCCACCGCAAUCGCAUCGCGCUAGGGUUUAAGCAGCAGCCUCGCCGCCUCCAGAUCCCCAACCCUCGAAUCCGGAGAGGAGCUCGCCGCCGGCGGCAGCCAGGAUGUUUCUAGGCGCGGUGCCGCGGAAGCCGAGCAAGGAGGCGGCGUACAAGGAGCUGCGCUCGCACCUCUACAUCAUGGCCGGUUGCAUCGCCGCCAUCCGCGCCGCCCCCUACAUCCUCCACUUCCUCAACCGCGAGCCCGGCAUGACGGAGCUCAAGCUCGAGCUCUAGCUCAGCCCCCCGCCCCCCCCUGAGGUAUGACUGGGAUGGUGAAGUUACUCUCAGGAUCAGGCUUUUGAAGUACCUUGUGAAACAUGAAAUUAGUUUUCCUUGAUAGUAUUUUGUCUUUCUGUAGCAUGAUAAUUCAAUGACAGUGUUCGCAUAAACUCUUGUUGGUUAUGGUUACCACUGCCCCGGCAACUUUGUGGGUUUUUAACAAUCAGCGAUGCGCGCCUUACAUAUUUAUAAUAUUGCUGCGAUGUGAUUCAUCGUUGCUA